AUGGCCCUUGCUCCUGGGCAGGAGCUGCCCAUGCGGCACAGACACGGGCUGAGCACGGGUGCGAGAGGAAGGAGUCGGCCCACGCUCCAGCACAAUAGUGGCGUUGCCCAGAGCCAGCGCCAGGGUGUCCGAGUGCCUGCACUGCGGCCGGCCCAGGGCAACGACUUCCCCCAGAACGACAGCAGGAGCCCACGAGGAGUUCCCCAGGUUAACAACACAAGACUGAAGGGAUUUACAGGGCUCUGCAUCGCCCUGUGCCUGGGGGGCACCGUGGCCCAGAAUAAUGGCGUACAAGGUACCACUGAGGACUGUAAGAACCAUCUGCUAUGCCCAGCAAACGCCACGUGUGUGAACAACACCCACUGCGCCUGCCUGGAUGGAUACCAGUCACAUGGGAAUCGCUCCUUCUUCACCGACCCAACGGAGUUCUGUGACGAUAUUGAUGAGUGGCAGGGCCACGCAAACUGCACCAACAUGGCUGGAAAUUCCUCCUGCAGCUGCAUCGAUGGCUUCGAGCUCAGCUCUGGGAAAGCCAACUUCACGGGAGUGGGGACACCUGCCAGGCUACAGUUCAGCGCUUCUCUUCCAUUCAUUAAGGAUCUGGAGGAUAUCAUGGACUGCACCCUCAGCAAGUUUGCGGAUGCCACUAAACUGGGAGGAGUGGUAGAUACGCUGGAGGACAUUGACGAGUGUAACAAGACCCGAGAUAUCUGCGGCCCCAACGCCACGUGCACCAACACCAAUGGGGGCUACUGGUGUAAGUGCCGGGCCGGCUACAUCCCCUCCAACGGGAGCACGACCCUGUGCGAAGAGCUCACCUGCCCCCCCCUGCUGGAUGAUGACAACUCUGCCGGAGCCAAGAACCUCCAGGGCAGCUUCCAGGCACAGGUGGGACGUCUCUGCAAGGCGGCGCUGGAGGAGCUGAAGCAGAUGAACUCUCAGAACGCUGAGGAGAAGCUGCAGGGCUUCUUGGACAUUCUGGAGAAGCAGAUAAAUCUGGUCGGGCAGCAGAGCGAGAGCGUGGAGUGGAGACACCGGAACGCAACGGAGCUCAUGGCCACAGUGGAGAAGCUGCUGAGAACGCUGACCAUGACCCUGCCUGACAGCCUGAUCAGCAUCGCAUCCCCCAACGGCACAGAGCUGGGGCUGGCGGUCAGGAAGGCUGGGAGCCAGAGCCAGGAGACCGUGACGCUGCAGCAGAGCAAGACGCAGAUGGAAUUAAACUGGACUGGAGCCCCAGGGCAGAAAGAAGGCUUCACGCUGGCCGGGCUGCUGACAUGCCAGAGGAUGAGCCCCAUUCUGGACGGUGCUGGGCGGGUGGAGGCGCCCGAGUGGGACAGGAUCGGCCAGAAGGGGAAGUGGGCGCAGAAGCUGGGGCGGCCCAGCUACCGUGUGCUGUCUCCAGUGGCGUCGGCCUUCAUCAGUGACCCGAACCCCCAGGCACUCGGCCUCUCCGUCAGCAUCCGCUUCAGCCACCCGGUGCCGGAGUCCAAGACUGACCUGCGCCUCCUCUGCGCCUACUGGGAGCCUGACAGCAGGGGCUGGGCCACCGACGGCUGCACCCUGCAGAAGUUGAACGCCACCAUCACCCGCUGCCAGUGCAACCACCUGACCAGCUUCGCCGUGCUCAUGGCCUUCUACGAGCUGGAGGACUCGACCCUGGACGUCAUCACCAAGGUGGGGCUGGUGAUCUCGCUGCUGUGCCUGCUGCUGUCCAUCGUCACCUUCCUCUUCUGCCGCGCCCUCAAGGGCCCCCGCACCACCAUCCACCUGCACCUCUGCCUGGCGCUCUUCAUCGCCUACACUGUCUUCUUCAUCGGCACCUCCAGCACCGGCAACAGGGUGGUGUGCGGCGUGGUGGCCGGGCUCCUGCACUAUUUCUUCCUGGCCGCCUUCUGCUGGAUGUGCCUGGAGGGCGCCGAGCUCUACCUGCUGGUGGUUCAGGUCUUCACCCCCCACGGCCUCAGGCGCCGCUACAUGUUCCUGCUGGGCUACGGCGUGCCGGCCCUCAUCGUGGGCGUCUCGGUCGCCACCUACAGCGAGGGCUACAGCACGGCGCGCCACUGCUGGCUCUCGCUGGAGAAGCAAUUCAUUUGGAGCUUCCUGGCGCCCGUCUGCAUCAUCAUCGCGGUCAACGCCGUGAUCUUCGUGGUCACCGUCUGGAAGCUGUCGCUGAAAUUCGCUGACAUCAACCCCAACAUGAGCCAGCUGAAGAAGCUCAGGGUGCUCACCAUCACGGCCAUCGCCCAGCUCUGCGUCCUGGGCACCACCUGGAUCUUCGGCCUGUUCCAGUUCAACCAGCGCAGCCUGGUCGUCUCCUACAUCUUCACCAUCCUCAACAGCCUGCAGGGGCUCUUCAUCUUCCUGCUGCACUGUCUGCUCCAGAAACAGGUGAGGGACGAGUACCGCAGGUGGCUGAGCUGCGGCGGCCUCAAGAGACCGGCCAAGUACUCCGACUUCUCCACCUCGACCACCACGCGGCCCAUUUCCGGACACCGCAGCUUUGCACAUGAGAAAACCCGGCCCCCGGCCCCCGGCCUGGCCCUGCCCGUGAGCAGAGACCCACCACGCACCCGGACUCGCCGCAUGCAGAUGCUUCAACGGUUGCCCCGUGGAACCUACCAGGCAGCGGGGGGCACCGUUACGCUGCCCAGCUGCCCCCACCCGCUGGGCACUCACCAGCCCCAGGCCUGCGCGCUGCCAGCAUCGCCAGCAAUAGCAACGCCAACAGGGCAGCCGUUCAGCUCCGACGCGAUGUCCUCUGGCCACAGGGGGCGCCUUUCCCUUUGGUACGACCGGGUCCCCGGCCCCGCCUGCGGGCUCUGCAUCGCCCUGUGCCUGGGGGGCACCGUGGCCCAGAAUAACGGCACACAAGGUACCACUGAGGACUGCAACAGCCAUGUGCUAUGCCCAGCAAACGCCAAGUGUGUGAACAACACCCACUGCACCUGCCUGGAUGGAUACCAGUCACAUGGGAAUCGCUUCUUCACCGACCCAACGGAGGCCUGUGACGAUAUUAACGAGUGUCUGGGGCCGAGCCUGGCAGACUGCGGACGCUACGCAAACUGCACCAACGUGGCUGGGAGUUACUACUGCACCUGCAUCGAUGGUUACGAGCCCAGCUCUGGGAAAACCAACUUCACGCACGCGAGUGACAACACCUGCCAGGGUUCUGGAAAGGCGGAGCCGCCUUGGUGCUUUCAGGAGAACCCGCGAGUGUCGCAGGGUCGAGGGGCGGAGGAGGCAGCACUUGGCAGGAUGCAGCCGGUCGGUUCUUACAGGUUCAGUCUGUCCCGGGAGCACCUCAGCCUCUGA